AUGGGCGCGCCCCGGAGUGUGCAAUGUGGAGUAUGGGCGGUGGCGGAGGCGAGCUCGCGGGGUAGCGAACGAGCGCAGAGGACGGGGUGGGAUUCGGGGUGGGCGCGGCGCGCGAACGAGCGCGGAGGACGGGGUGAACUGCGGACCGAGGCAGCCGAGCUCACGCGGUGGGCGCGGCGAGCUGCGGGCGAGGCGGCGCAGCCGAGCGCGUGGGGCACGGCGGCGGAGGUGAGCUCGCCCAUCAGGUGUUUUCUGAGCAUCGACUGCGGCCUGGAUGCCAAGUUCAGGGGGCGCAAGGACACCUACACAGACAUCGAUUAUGUCUCCGACAGCCCGUACGUCGACGGCGGGGAGAACCACAAGGUAGCCGCCGAGUUCGAUACCAGUGCCACACCCGAGGACCGCCGCACGCUCAGGAGUUUCCCGUCCGGCCUACGGAACUGCUACACGCUCCCCACCGAGAGCGGCGCCAAGUACCUGGUCCGGAUGGUGUUCUUCUAUGGAGACUACGACGGCAAGACCAGCCCGUCGUUCGAAGUUCACCUGGGAAGCAACUACUGGGACACGUUCGACGGGAGCUCUUACUGGUGGUCCGAGGCGGUGUUCAUCGCAUGGGCGAGCUGGGUGCCGGUGUGCCUCGUGAACACCGGCAGCGGCACGCCGUUCGUCAACACGGUGGAGCUGAGGCCGCUCGAAGCCACGCUUUACCCACAGGUCACCGCUGACGAGUCCAUAUCCGCCUUUGCAAGGAAAAAUCUGGGGACAAACGACACUUUAAUCCGGUUUCCCGACGAUCCAUACGAUCGCUUCUGGGAGUGGGAUCCCAACUCAUCGUGGACAAACCUUUCCACCAAGGAGCCCAUCCUGCAGGACGGCAGCUUUCCUGUGCCCAUCCCCGUUCUAGAGACAGCCGUCGCACCUGUCAACAAUGGCACGGUGCUGAACGUCAAUACAUGGAAAACGUACAAAAGGUCAUUCGAGUUUACGUUCUUCCUACACUUCAGCGACAUCCAAAACACCCAGCUCCGGCUAUUUGACCUCUACGUGAACGACGAGCAAUUGAUGGAUAAAUACAGCCCCUCCUACCUGGCCGCUGGUUAUGUGUAUUCUUCUACCUGGAGUAAGACUACAGACGGCAAGUACAAUAUCACUCUUGCAGCCAGCCCUACAUCCGUGCUGCCUCCGAUGAUCAAUGCAUACGAGGUUUACAACAACAUCCCCCACGAUACUCCGAGGACGUCCACCAAAGACUGUGAGAUGCCUCCCCUACUCCCUAUCUGUUUCCCUACCCCACUCAUUUAUUGUCACUGUAGACACGUUUGGGAUCUCUCCAAUAGUAACUUGACUGGAUUGGUAUCUGAUAACUUCACAUUUCUCACAGACCUCCAGUUUCUGUAUGAAUCUGGAGAAGAUAUGUGCAACAAAACAAUAAGUCCGCCUCCAUCAAGAAAUAGAACAGCUAUAGUAUCUAUUUCAGUAGUGGUUCCCAUGGUGGCAGUGUCUGUACUUGUUCUUUCAUAUUUGAUCUGGAGAGUGAAGAGAAAGCCCAAAAUUUGUACACAUGAUCCACCCAAAGAAUCAGAGCUUCAGAGUGCUCCAGGAAGUACAAGAAGUCAUGGGGAUCACCUGCAGAAUACUGAGAAUCAUCGAUUCACAAGUACAAGAAGUCAGGGGGAUCACCUGCAAAAUACUGAGAAUCGUCGAUUCACGUACAUGGAGCUGCAAAAAUUUACUAACAAGUUCGAACGGUUCAUUGGACAAGGAGGUUUUGGGCUAGUGUACUACGGGCGUUUAGAAGACAAUAGUGAGGUUGCUGUCAAGAUGCGUUCUGAAUCAUCGUCUCACGGGCUAGAUGAGUUCUUAGCCGAGGUCCAUAGCUUGACAAAGGUGCAUCACAGGAAUCUAGUUUCUUUGGUUGGCUACUGCUGGGAGAAAGAUCAUUUAGCACUGGUUUAUGAGUACAUGUCUCGAGGCAAUCUUUGUGAUCAUCUGAGAGGAAAACAUGGUGAUGAGACCUUGGACUGGGCAACACGUGUACGAGUUGUGCUUGAAGCUGCACAAGGCCUGGAUUAUCCGCACAAGGGAUGCAGCCUGCCAAUAAUUCACAGGGAUGUGAAGACCAGCAAUAUUCUGUUAGGUCAAAAUCUGCGGGCGAAAAUAGCUGAUUUUGGACUUUGUAAAACCUAUCUUAGCGAAACACAGACUCACAUAUCAACCAAUGCGGCUGGAUCAGCGGGUUACUUUGACCCAGAGUACUACCACACUGGCAGGCUCACUGAGAGCAGCGACGUUUACAGCUUCGGUGUCGUUCUACUGGAGAUAGCUACUGGCGAGCCUCUGAUACUGCCAGGCCAUGGCCACAUUGUUCAGCGCAUGAAACAGAAGAUGGCCACAGGUAACAUCACCUCAGUCGCCGAUGCAAGGCUCGGUGGUGCCUACGAGGUUACCUCCAUGUGGAAACUAGUCGACACUGCCAUUGCGUGUACAGCAGAUGCUGCUGUCGGAAGGCCAACAAUGGCAGCCGUGGUGGCACAGCUGAAGGAGAGCAUUGCAUUGGAAGAAGCCCGUGUGGACAGCGCUGUCAGGGUAAGCCCGGUGAGUGAUACCGUGGCCUUAGUGUCCACAUUUAGCCCAUCGGCAAGGUGA